UGCUGGAACUAAACCUUUCCAGUGUUUGUUUGGACCUGCCUAGGGGAAGGACUGGCCUGAGAACCAGACUUGGCCCCAUUCGUUAUGUUGAGUUGUCUUGUCUUUUCUUUCUUUUUUUUGAUGGGGGUGGGUCUUAGUUUUUUAACUUAAAAAAAAAAAAUGCCGGACAGUGGUGGUGCCCACCUUUAAUUCCAGCACUCGGGAGGCAGAGGCAGGCGGAUCUCUGUGAGUUCGAGGCCAGCCUGGUCUACAAGAGCUAGUUCCAGGACAGGCUCCAAAGCUACAGAGAAACCCUGUCUCGAAAAACCAUAAUAAUAAUCGUCAUCAUCAUCCUGUGUGUGUUCAGUUCGUGUGCAUAUGCUUGUGCCAUGGCCUGUGGGGGUCAAGGACAUCCUUGCAUGAGUAAUUUUUCUUCCUCCACCAUGUUGGCUUCAGGGAUCAAAUUCAAGUCACCUGGCUUGGUGGCUGUCCUCCUUCGAGCCGUGCCAAGGUUUCAGGGGCCAGCUGUGUGGGGGAGGCCUCUUCAUCGACUGUGGUACUGUACUGGGCAGGGAGAUUCCAGAAGGUGGGUGGGGAGCACGUCCCCCACCUCACAGGAGAAGCCAUCAGGCACAGAGACUGAAAAGUUCCACACAAUCUACCGAUUCAAUGCCAUCAGAGUACUCGGGUAUAUGUCUCGGCUGAAGUUGGCUCAGACAGCUAUGACUGUGAUAGCCCUGCCCCCGGGCUUCUACUCGUACUCACAGGGCCUCAUGACCCUCAAUUCUCUCUGCCUGGUGAGUGGGAUUGCCUGCUUCGCCCUGGCCAUGCUGUGCUGGAUGAGCUACUUCUUCAGGAGGCUGGUGGGCAUCCUCUAUGUGAAUGAGUCGGGUACCAUGCUUCGAGUGGCUCACCUGACCUUCUGGGGAUGGCGACAGGACACGUACUGUGCCGUGUCAGACAUGAUACCUCUGACAGAAUCCAAGGACCCGGCCCAGGGAGUGUUUGUACGCAUCCAGCAAUACAGUGGCAAGCAGACCUUCUACCUUACCCUGCGCUAUGGCCGAAUCCUGGACAAAGAACGUUUCUCACAAGUGUUUGGAACCCUGACCACACGCAAGUAAAGAACAGCAACUAGGCCUCCCAUAUCCCUGGUUACACCGGAUUUUAGAGGGGAAGGCCAAGAACAUUGAUGAUGCAGAAGCUAAUACCCAUAGGCUGGGACUGAAGCUCCGCGGCAGACUGCUCAUCUAGCAUGCAGGCAGUAAAACCCUGCGCUCAAUCCCUGGAGCUGCAUAUAAGCAGGCAUGGCUAUGUGUGCCUGUACUCAGCUCUGGAGAUGGAGGCAGGUGGAGAAGAAGGUCAAGGUUGUCGUGGGCCAAAAAAGAUGUUUAGGAAAAAGCCCUUGGUUGAACAUUGUGCUCAAUAGGGCAUUCUAAAUGCUAUACCACGAUCACCAAGGCAGCUCACUGCUAUGAAACCAGAAGGCAGAGGAACAUAGACUUGGAGUCUGGAGACUUGGGUUCUGCUGGACCUCAGCUCCUUGACUUGGGGCAGGGUAUUAAGUCUCUGAGCCUUGAAUUGCACUCUGUGAGAUAGAAGAGCCUUCUUCUCUCGUGGGGAUGGAUGUGAAAAUAGCCAGUAAUGGCUGAGGCUGGACAUGUAGCUGUGUGGUAGAGCUCUUGCCUAGCAUGUGUAAGGCCCUAAGUUCCACCCUCAGCUCCACAGAAGAGACAUACCAGUACAUGCUACAUGCUGUGCCAGGGCAGCAGCCCAGAGUUUACAGCACCGAGGGAGGCUUCCAGGCGGCUUGCCCCAUUUGCACCCGCCAGCUUGGCGGCUAGUGCUGAAGCCUAAAGUGGGCUUGUUUUUCUCCCAUCAGGAAGUCACUGUGAUGUGGGAUGUCCUUCUGUAUAUGUGUUGCCGUAUUGGUUGGUGAAUAAAGCUGCUUUGGCCUACGGUAGGGCAGAAUAAACUUUGGGUGACUGUCCAGGCAGCAAAAUGUCUCUGUCAAUUCUAGAGUUUUGUUUACAUAGGUAAUAUAUCCUUCUGGAGUUUUUAAUGGAGUUAAAGAUUAGAUAGUUACAGCUUUUCUUAGUUAUGAUAAAAGAUAAAUUAGAUAUAAAACUUUAGACUCACGAAGUAUUGUAACUAAUUUUUCCUUGGACUGUUGUAUAUGUAAUUUUGCUGUGUUAAAGUUAAAACUUUCCUGGGGCUGGAGAGAUGGCUCAGAGGUUAAGAGCAUUGCCUUCUCUUCCAAAGGUCCUGAGUUCAAUUCCCAGCAACCACAUGGUGGCUCACAACCAUCUGUAAUGGGGUCUGGGGCUCUCUUUUGGCCUGCAGGCAUAAUACAGACAGAAUAUUGUAUACAUAAUAAAUAAAUAUUUAAAAAAGUUAAAA